UCUAUAAAUGGUCAUGUUACUUUAGUAUACAAUAUAAAGUAGACACCUUCGUAACGCACCAUACUUUUGUUACCAUAGCAACGAUGCACGAACGUCACAACAAUCAGUCAAAAAUCCUCAGACAAAUAGCCUUGUUUAUGUUGUCUUGAAAGAAUAGGAUAAAACGGUUUUCUUUUAUAGGUUCGCCAUUUACCUGUCACAAGAUAUGUACCUAACGUUAUUCUAAAUUAUGAUAAUGGAUAACGACGUGGCUAACUAUUCAGUGAUUGGUCGCAUCGGGGAGGGUGCCCAUGGGCUGGUCUUCAAGGCAAGACACAUUCCCACGGGACGCGAGGUAGCCCUAAAGAAGAUACUUAUUAAAAACCUCGAGGAUGGCAUUCCAGUGAACGUUAUGAGGGAGAUAAAAGCGUUGCAGCUGCUUCGAUGUAAAUAUAUAAUAAAACUCCACGACAUGUUCCCCCGCGGUAUGAGCCUGGUGCUAGUUCUGGAGUACAUGUGCUCAGGGCUGUGGGAUAUGCUGCAUCACACACAGCAGGAGCUGACCCUUCCGAGGGUCAAGACUUACGCGCAAAUGCUGUUGAAAGGCACUCGUUACAUGCACGCGCAUUAUGUAAUGCAUAGGGACUUGAAACCUGCAAACCUCCUUAUAAACCAUGAAGGGAUUUUGAAGAUCGCGGAUUUAGGUCUAGCUAGACUCUACUGGCCCGAUGGAGGAAGACCAUAUUCACAUCAAGUUGCCACAAGAUGGUAUAGAGCUCCCGAGUUGUUGUACGGCGCAAGGUAUUACAAUGAAAAAGUUGACCUAUGGGCCGUUGGAUGUAUAUUGGCAGAAUUGAUAACGAAACAAGCACUCUUUGCCGGGGAAUCAGACAUUGAACAGCUGGCGAUUGUGUUGCAACACUUAGGCACGCCUACAGAGGAGACCUGGCCAGGACAUUCAGAGUUACCAGACUUCCAUAAGAUCACUUUCCCCGAGUCAUCACCGACACCCUGGCCAGAACUACUGCCGGGAGUGGAGCCUCACGCUGUGCACCUUGUCAAGUCCUUCAUAAUGUAUGAUGCUGAUAAGAGGAUAUCAGCAAAAGAGGCAUUACGGCACCAGUGGUUUUACAACAGACCCGCGCCAGCGUCUUUGGAAGACAUGCCAAAACCAAUGAUGAAUAAACUUAAGUAGGUACUCGUCGGGAGCAAUAAAAAUGCACACAUUUCAAAAUGUAUUUUAUUGAAUUUAAUUAAAUUAUAAAUCAGUUAUAAUUACAA